AUGGAAUUUGCCAACCCAAUGGAAGCUACUUCAGUACCUAUCGAACACAGAUUUGAACCUUAUGACGAUAAUGGAGGUACCUCUUUAGCUAUUGCGGGAAAGGAUUUCUGUGUCAUUGCUUCUGAUACCAGACAAAGUACUGGAUACAGCAUCAACUCUAGAUAUGCACCCAAGGCAUACAAGCUGUCAGAGACAUCUGUGAUUGCCAUGAACGGUUUUCAUGCUGAUGGUUUAACUUUAAAGAAGGUGCUUGAUCAAAGACUCAAGUGGUAUAAAUUCAGCCAUGAAAAGGACAUGUCUGUUACUGCAGUAGCACAAAUGUUAUCCAUCACACUGUAUCAAAAGCGUUUCUUCCCUUACUAUAGUUUCUGUGUAUUGGGAGGUGUUGAUGAGAACGGUAAAGGUGCAGUCUAUUGUUACGAUGCUAUUGGAUCAUUCGAGCGUGAAAUGUGUCGUGCCAACGGUUCCGCAUCAGCACUCAUUCAACCUUUCCUGGAUAACCAAGUCGGCAAGAAGAAUAUGGCAAAUAGAAAGUUUGAAGAUAUGGAAUUGGAUGAAGUUCUCAAGAUUGUGAAGGAUGCAUUUACUUCAGCUACGGAACGUGAUAUUUAUACUGGCGAUAACCUUCAAAUUUUUAUUAUUCGUAAAGAUCAACCUGUUGAAGUACAACUUCAUCCUUUAAAGAAGGAUUAA